CAUCAAAGAAAUGCGGUGGUUUUGCAAUAAAAUGAUAAAGUUGAUUCAUGAAUAUUACCCUGGGAUCAUGCACAAGAACUUAAUCAUAAACCUUCCACUCUGGUACUGUGCGGUCAACGCUUUACAUCUCAGGCAAAUCACAGCAAAAAGCAAGAACAAGUUUAUCUUUGUCAGGUCUGCGAAAGUCACAAGUACUCUCCUCAAGUAUAUCAACCUAGAGAGCUUACUAGCUCAAUAUGGUGGCCUGAAGAGAGAGAAUGACAUGGAGUUUUCAACCCUUGACAAAGUUUUAGAGCUGAAUGUCCCAACAAAUACGUAUGAGCAUAUUCAGAUUCCAGUAAACGAGGCUGAAAGGAUAAUAACUUGGGAUGUGGCCAUCAUAGGUCAUGAUGCUACCUACAAAGAAGAAUUCAUCCCAAUCGAUGAUUGCUCAUACAAGGUAUUGCUUCAAAAGGAGAAGAAAAUGGGAGAGGUUGUUAGGAAUUCUUUUUACAUCAGAGAACCAGGGAACAUAGUAAUUACCAUUGCAAACGGGACAUUCAAGAAGAAAAAGGUUUUUUAUAGGUACAACAGUAAACCCUGUCAGCCCUUGUAUAAGCUCACUACAUGAGCAUAUAUUUCUUGCUUGUACAUCUCUCUCUCUCUCUCUUUUCAUCCCUUUUCGA